CGUCGUACUUCCGACUUGAGAACUGCGUCAUGCUCCGGUGGGGGCUGGGGCAAUCUUGAGCAUUUGACCAUGUCUUUUUUGGAGUCCCUCCCGAACGAGCUGCUGGAUCAGAUCAUCUUCUUCUUGACCACGCCACCGCCAUCAAUAGCCAGGAUCCAUCGGGAUCCAGAUCUCCAGAUUGCCAAAUCUCAUGCUUGUGAUCUCAAACACUUGGCAGGGGUCUCCAGCCAUCUCCGAGACCUUGUACGACCUCGGCUCUUUGCACACGCGUGCUUUGACCUGAAAGAUGAGCCCGCUUUCCAAUCCUUUCUCAUCGCAUCGGAUCUGGCUCGAUAUGUGACGAGCGUGGUAGUGAUCGCUGAGAACGUGGCAUCUGACCCGGAAGACCAAGGCUGGUGGCGUCGCCUACUGGGAUAUCUGAAUCCGAGCAGGUUUACCGUCGUUGCUCCGCCGAACUUCAUAGGUAACAUACUCAAUACUCGGAUCACGGACGAACAUAGCUGGGCGUUUGAAAUUCCCCUACAGAUUUUACAGCUGGAACGAGAAGUUGCACCUAGCGAUGUUAAUGAGACAUCCGACCUGGAGCAAUGCGACAGCCUCCUGUUGGCUCGUCCAUGGUCAUCAAUGACCUUUAACGAAUCUUCUUCUAUGAAAGCCUAUCACCACUACGAAUAUUUUCUCUUAAGAAUACCCUCAGUUCUGGGGGAGUGGGGAUCACAGUUACAGCCACGAAAGCCACCUCCUGUCGAGCUCCUGGACAUGCUUCGAGGCUUGACUUCUUUCUCCUACACCGCUGUUUUCCCCUUCUACAACCACGUAAAACUAGUCCUUGAUGUAUUGGCUCGCAUGUCGAAUGUCAAGGAUUUCAGUAUCAAAUUGAUACCCGAUGAAGAUAACCAUGUUCUUGAAGAAGAGGCACGCGGAUCGUUGGAUCUAUAUGAUCCUUGGGUAGAAAUGAUGACCUCCUAUACCCUGGUUGCAUCGGACGUCGGCCAAAUUGAUUCUAUUCAAGAAAUAAGGUGUCGAGAUUUGGCAAUUAUGCCUCGGUUAGGAGAUACGGGCGUGGCAAUUCUUGAAGAAUUGCAGCGCCCAAAUGAGUUUGGCUACGCCGGGGCCGAGCGUCUGGCACGGCGACAUCGCUGGUUGGGGACUAUGGCUACCUCCAACGUGUAUACCACAGAGCCCGCACAUCCAGUUCUGGCCUUUUCUCAACUCCAAGAACCUCGGACAAGCAACCAACAGAGAGCCCCCAGCGACCCGGCCGACAGCAACUGGAAUCUCCAAGACGACUGGAGCACCGGCAUCGAAGAUUCCAAGACGAAGGUCUUUCGUUACGGCACCGUGACUGGAUUCUCAAGACUGAGAACCAGGACCAACAAUAACGAUGAGUACAUUGCUCAGAUUCCUCGAUUUCUCCUCAUCAAGCAUCUCCAAAGGCUGGCUCCAUCAGCUGAGCCUAGCACAUUCAUCAUUUACCCCGAGAAUUUCAGCGCGCUCGCCCCUACGAGUCUGUUGAAAGCGCUGCAAAGCGGCCACCGGGGUUUGUCACAGCCUGAAGCGAUGAAGCGUCUCGAUUCUGUGCAACUCUUCCCCAUCCAUCAUAUUUCAACUGCUAUCCAGGCUAUAGGGCAGAUCUCCGAGCAACUGCACCAGAUGCAGGAUAACCAGGCUGCCACUGAUCCAACGACGAGGAGACCUCCCGUCAUGGUGAUCGUGGUCGGGCUUGAUACCCUUGCAGAAGGCAUCAUUCGAGCAUCUAACCCGCUCAAGGGUACUGCCGUACUGGCCAGCACGCUGCGGACUUUGACCCGCCUGUCACGGGCAUAUGCUUCUUUUCUUUCGGUUCUCCUGGUCAAUACUAGUGGCCUUGGUCCUGCGCAUUUCACCGAGGAUAAUCAGUCGCAGCAGUCGAGGGCGGCUGCCGAGCAGUCAAGCAUGUCGCGUGCGGAUGGAGUGCAUUCCAUUUUCCAGGCUCCUGGCUCUUCCCUGCUAACGACUAUGCUCAUGAGGACUCUGGAUCAAGGAACGGAUACGCAUAUUCUGCUUUCCGACGUGAAAAGUGCGCAUGUUGCUGAGGUCAUCAAGGACCGAGCUGGUCCUGGGCUUGGGAGAUGGGGGCUGUGGUCGUUCCAGAAAUGA